AUGGCUGAAGCUCAACGGGCCUAUCUUCAAGAUCUGCCUGCAGAAAUCUUUGAGGCAAUCACCAAUCAACUACCUGUCUAUGCGACCCCCUCGACAGUCCUUUCAUUGUCCCUCGUCAACCAGGAAGUCUUUGGUCGAGUGUUCCCCCUGGUUUACACCCACGUAAUCGUCAAUGGAGUCGAUUCCGCAGUCAACGUUCUUGGGCAUCUCAAAAAGCGUCCCGAACUGGCGGAAAAGACGCGCUCCAUCCACAUCGAAGCGUAUAUCGACUAUGGGGAACCCGAUCAUGUCAUUUUCGAGGUGCUCGGCGACCUGGUGACCUCUGGCGCUCUCUCUAAUCUGCGUACGUUGGAGCUAAGCAUUCACGAUGAAGACAAACCGGACUCUGUGGAGGACUAUUGUACUGAUACGAAGCUAUGGGACCAUAUUCACAAGCAUUGCCCGCACUUGAGCGCUAUCGUGCUAAAGGGCUCGGCGAACUUGUACUUAUCGGACGGCAAUCCGAUGCAGUCCAUAGACCUUCGAAUAUCCCAGGUGGGCACCGGUGCUCUUCCCUAUUCGCAAUUUCGCUCACGCAUGGAUCGCAAGAAUCUGUGUCGCAUUGUCUACGAAUGCGAGAAUGAGGCGUUCCUAAACCAUAUUGCCCGGGGUAGGGACGAUAUUCUGAAGAGCGUCGAUGCUGCGUCGAUACACCUCCGUCAUCUCGAUCUGGUUUCAGUACUGUGCGAGGUCACUCUCCCGCAGUUUUUUGACAUAACGCUUCCGAACCUCGAGUCGUUGAAUAUACGGGACUCGCCUGGGCCAGACGCUAAGCUCAAGCACACGGUGAUGGCCUUUUGGAGGAAGCAUCGCAACCUGUCUCAACUGACCGUCUGGCCCGGGAGUACCAAGAAAGGACAAUGGUUCUUUGAGACAGAUCCUCCUUCCGGAGUGAUAUUCCCGCGAUUGAACUACCUCGAGUGUAACUUCCACGAUGCCCUCCUUCUUUCAGACGUUCUCCCACAACUCCAAGCCCUCCAUAUCCACGAGUCGUACAACUCCCAGGUCCCAUACCUUCUACGGGCCAAAAUCUCCUCUGGCAUUCUACCCAACCUCAAAAGCCUUGGAAUUGCGCAAACUCCCAUGCCGUAUAAACAAGCAGUUCUCUUGAAAGGCGCCGUGUGGCGCGAAUCAGAAGACGGACAAUUCUACGAGAACGACGUAGAAGUCAAGAUCAGCCCAUGGCAUCAAGACUACUUGCGCUCUGUUGCUCGCGCUGCUCCCAACUUGGAAGAACUUGCUUUCCUAUCGGGGGACGUCCCGCUCCAAAAGCUCGUAUGUGUCCCGCAUAAUGCUCAGAGAUUAAGGUUCUAUUGA